AUGGCAAGGCCGCCAACUUCAGCACUUCGUCCAGUAACUCAACAAGGUCUUCGUGCACCAACUCGACUUGGAACUGCUGGGAAUCGACAAGUGUUUGACAAAUCCUAUUUCAUUGGAUUAUUACGCUCAAAAAUCAAUUUGUUGAAUGUUGAAAUAGGUCGUCUUCGGGAAAAAAAAGAAAAGGCCGAACGUGAUCGAAACGAACUGCAUGCUUAUGAAUCGAGAGCUCAAGCGAUUGCUUUAGAAAUAAGAGAUUUUCAAGGAAAACUUGUAGACUUAAAUGUGAUUGUGGAUCGAAUGCAUAUGAAUGGAGACGUUAGCGAUUUAGAGAUUGAAUCUGCAAAAAUGAAAGAUGAAGCCGAUGAAUUGCAACACGAAGUCGAAGACAUAUUUCGAACCCGUCAAGAAAAAGAGGAAAUAAUUCAACAAUUACAGUCGGAAAUUGAGGAGCAGAAGGGAUUAAAUGAAACAAUUACAGCAGCAAUGGAUCCAACACUAAAAGAAAGAUUUGAAGGCUUAAAAUCAGAAAGUGAGUCUCUUCGAGAACGAGUUUCCCAGAUGGAGCAUCGAAUCGACGAAAUGGACGACAAUAUCGCGAGAUACCAAAUGGAACUUGACAGUAAUCCAUUAAAGAAGAAAGCAGUCGUCCUACAAGACUCAAUUGCAAAUUUGAGAAAAAAGGAAGACGUCUUAUUGAAAGAAAAAGAAAGCAAAGAAACACCAGAACAGCGAAAAGAAAACAUGGUUGAAACGAUGAAACAACUCAACGCAGAUAUCGCAAUUAUUGAAAAACAGCAUGAUCAAUUGAAGGAUCAGAUUUCAAUGGCAUCAGAAGAGCUUCACGAAUAUGAAUCGCAAGGCGAAGCCCAUCAUAUUAAACAUCAUGCACAAUAUUUGGAAUUACUAGCUAAAGACCAUCAAAUAGAAGAUUUAUUGCAAACAUAUCCCCGUCAGCUUCUACUUUUGCAACAAGAUCUCGAGGAAUAUUCCAGUGCGAUUGUUCUAAAUUUAAAGAAAAUUUCGGCAAAUAUCAAAAAGUUAAACAUUGGCGAUCAAGUAACUGACUUAGAUGAAGAAGGAUUGAUUAAUAAGCUUAGUAGCAGUGGAAAUAUAGGAGAGUUGAAAGAUCUUCAUGUGCGUUUGCAAGAGGAGAUGAUUAGUUUGGAAGAAAUGGAAACUGCUUUAAAAAUGGAAAUCGAACAAUUAGAAAUGACGACAGAGAAAGAUUCUGAAAUUGUUAGCGAAUUGCAGCGCGAUGCUCAAUUGGGCGAGGAAGAUUACAAAAAAGAACUUGAAGAAAAGCUUGAAAGACUUCAACAAGAACUACCACAAUCUGAAGAAGAGCUAAAUCAACUAGAAAUAAACGUAGAAAAUGUGAAGCAACAAGUAUUGGGAAAUCCAGCAAAUUCUAAUAUCAAGCGUCUAACACGAUUACUGAAUGAAGCGCGACAAAGAGUUGCUGCGUUGAACGAAGAUAUAAAUGCGAAACAGAAAGAAACAGAUUACGAAUCAAUUAAGGAAGAAACUCUGAAAUUGCGCGGCGAUUAUAACGUGAUAUUGCAAGAAAAAGCUGGAAGACAACAUGUAUGA